GAAACUGGUUGACCGGAAAUCCUACAUAUCCCAAGCUAAGGGUUUUUGGAUGCUACAAUUGCCGCUCGUAAUAAAUGCGACACUAUCUUGCGAAUUCCUUUCCUGGAUUUUUUUAUACGAAAAUCAACAUGCAUAUGCUUGCCCAUGGAGCACUAUAUUUGCCGAGUCUCGAGUCUACCGUCCGGAGGUGGCUGGGGAUGGAGAUAGAGUACCAGUAUAUCAGGCCGUGUCUCUCGAGGUCAUUUACAUCUUCUCCGAACUAUCCAGAUCUACCUAAGGCGCUCUACAUGGGCCCCUCUGGAUUGAGCUCACAUCGGACGGGACGCCAACAAUACUCUUGGAACCAGCAUACCCCCAGUUUCGGCAAGCGCGCAACACCUGCCAACAACAAAUUCAAUAACGGUGGGCGGUUGUGAUCUUUUUUUUUCAUCUCACGCAUUCCCAUUCGACCGGAG